GUUCAGCAUUAGCCUGUGACUGAUGAAAUUACUCUAUAAAAAAUGACAAAGAAACCUCAGCCGUUCUCGCCAAACUACAAACGAUUACUCCCAAUGAUGGUACAACCAUAGAAAAGUGACAUUGAAAUAAUCUACGUAUACGUAAAAAUAAUAAAACUCUUCAGAUAACAAAAUCAACAAUCGAGAUUUUUCAAAAUAAUUCGCAAUGCAUAUUUCUUUUCAAAUUCGAUUGGGAAACAAUAAGGUUGUGAAUGUGCGUUGGAAUACUGAAAUGUUUAGUUUUGCCAUAGUGAGCGUUUUGGCAGUUGCCCUAUUGGCUACGUCAGGAGAUGUCACGCAGACAUGGACCUCUCCCACAUAUCCCAAAUUGUAUUCCAACGACACAUCCGAAAAUCCACUGGGAGAGCCAAUUACACCUGACGAAGAUGCUUGGAUCGGGUCGCUUCUGAACGUGGGUGCCAUGAUAGGAGCUUUGCCCGCAGGAUUCAUUGCGGAUAGAAUUGGCAGGAAGAUGACGCUUCUUUGCAUCGCCAUACCUCACCUCGUGGCUUAUGUGGCGUACGCUUUUGCGCGGAACGUAUAUUUGUUCUACUUCGGAAGGUUCAUCAGCGGACUUUCAGUCGGUUCUGGAUAUGCUAUUAUUCCAAUGUACGUAGCCGAGGUGUCGUCUGAUUCAAACAGGAACGCUUUCUCAGCCAUGUUGCCCAUAUUCUGGACCCUGGGAAAUUUCUUGCCAUUCGCCAUCGGUCCAUAUAUUACGAUCAAAAUAUUUAAUUUAAUACUUGCCGCUUUACCAGCUACAUUUUUGGUGGUUUUCAUAUUGCUGGCUCCGGAGACACCAUAUUAUUAUAUUCAAAAAGGCAACGAAAAGAAAGCGGAGAGCUCCCUGGUCAAGCUCAGGUCCAUUCCAAGUGCGGAGGUACAAAAAGAGAUUCUUCAAAUUAAAGAAACCGUAGGGAAACACGAGGACGGAGCUUUAAUGGAUAUUUUUAUAAAACCUAGUCUCAGACGCGCCCUAAUACUAUCAUUAAUUCUUAUGAUGGGCAACCAGUUUUCUGGUAUCAACGCAGUUGGUUAUUACUUGGAGCCGAUUCUCGAUGCCUCCGGCACUGAUAUUCCGUCUGAUCUGGCAUCUACUUUCUAUGGCGGCUGGUUGUUUAUUUCCAGCUUUACGUCCACAUUUGCGGUAAAAAAACUGGGGCAGAAGAUACCACUAAUCGCAUCAUGCAUAGGCAGUGCAAUUUCAAUGGUAUCCCUUGGAAUAUUUUUCUAUAUUCACGACAAUAACGAAGAGGAUGCCAAACCACUCUUUUGGCUCCCGUUGGUCUCCCUAUUGGUCUACUGUGCCUUCUUUAAUCUAGGAUUAGCGGGAAUACCAUGGGCGGUCGGCUCGCAACUGUUUCCCAAUAGCGUGAAGCCAAUUUCUUCAGCAGCUGUAUCGUGCAUGUGCUGGUUUUGCUCGUUCUUGAUCACACAUUUCUUCAACGAUCUGACCAAUUCUUUGGAUAAAUCAGGCACGUUCUGGCUUUUUGGUGGGUGUAACGUCUUAACCGCCAUCUUUACACUGGUUUGGAUACCGGAGACAAAAGGCAAGAGCUUCAGCGAGAUACAGGACAUGCUACAGGGUCGAAACUGAAGAUGGCAGAAAAUGCCAAUUUGUUCUUUGUGAUAUUUUUUGAUACUGUGUUUCUCAUACAAAUAUUUGUUUUUUUAAGCAACGAAAUUCUUAUAACGCGAUAUACGUGGUAAAAUGUUUUGUUAUCUGCUAUAUUAUUAUAGUGCUUAGUAACCAAGAUAUAGUAUUUAAGAAUUGCGCAUUGAAUUCAUUGCACCUGAUGAUACAAUAACCAGAACGUUUUCAGUAUCCUGGAACAAUUCAAGGACAUUGGGGUUUAUCGAAGCGAGAGUCUGAGGGAAUAUCUGCACGCAUUGCAAG